AUGCAAUGCCCGGGCGGCAGCGCAAGCACUGAUUGUUCCUAUUUGCUACAUCAAGACUGGUCACCUCAGACUGCACUUACCGCAGCAACGACACCGCCAAGAUCUCCUCGGAUCAUACGAGAACACGGCUCACGCCUUCUACCAAAACCUCGGGAUCAGGAUCAACCGAGCAAUCAUUCAGCUUACCAUCACGGACACAACAGAACCGCUUCCCUCCCUACCAAUGUCUUCUCGAUGCAGUUCGGUCCAGCGCUACCUCAGUCAGCAACGCAUCGAAGAUCUAUCAGCCCUUAUGGACAUACUCGUGUUGCGUCAACCGCAUCAAUGCCAACUCCGGCACCUUUUGAUCAUCUUGGCAUCAGUCGACCAUCAAUGUCCAGCAUGCGAUCAGUUUCAAGCUCGGCCAUUCGUACUCACACGCGAAACAUCUCAUCGAGCAGCAUCGAUGCCACUAUGCUCAGCCGUUAUGGCUAUCCCACCUACCGGCACAGCCCAACUCCACAACCAGCCUCUCGACCAAUGUCUCGCACGCCCAGCGCCAUGAGCCAUCUGACCCCCAUCGCCAUGCCAGGUGGCCAGAUGCAAUCCUAUCCAAACAGUCGAAGAACAGCUAGUCCACCCGCAACCUCUUCCAGCCUUUCCCUCGAACCCGAAAUUCCUGAAGACUUCAUCACAGAGACCUCCACAGUCCUCGACUAUCUCACCUCACCCAAUCCAACCCCAUCGCUCAUCCAACGCAUCAACGACGGAGUCAAAUCUCAAGCCAAUCAUUUCUGGUUCGAUAUCCGCAACAUCCGUCCAUGGUCCGACUUCAACAUCGACACCAUAACCUCAAUCCCCGGCCUCCUCGACCUCCUCAAAAUCGACGUCCCAGUAACCUCCCUCCCCACUCCCCCCCAAGUCAACCUCUCCCCAGAACACCCCUCCCACCUCGUAGACCUCUGCGCCCAACACCACGCCAUAAAAGUAAACGCCGCCCUCAAAGUCGCCCAAGGCGAAAAGCACAUGGCAAUGCGCACCCUGACUCCAGGCCCCAAAAAACCCCGCCACCAACAACCCGAAUUCCUCGCCAACUACCAAUCCGACAGCGAAAAACCCCUGUACGGCGACGGACGCGGUCGCGUCAUCGGCGUCGUGAAAUCUUACCAUCAGUGGAACUCCGGGUAUCGGAACGGCUCCCCGAUAGAGAAGAUUUACUACCUAGAACACCUCGCGCACCUGCACAAACACAUGCGCGAACACGGGACGAGAUACGGGUUUAUAAUAACGGAAAUCGAACUCGUGUGCGUCCGGUACGGUGGCGGCGGUCCCUCAUCAUCCAAUCACGAAGAAAACAACAACAACAACAACAACAACAACAACAACAUCCCAUACUUCGGCUCCCUCGAACUCGCCCCACCCAUCCAAAUCUCCACUUCCGGAAGGAAGGAUGAAGACGGGACUCCCAACCUCACCGUCGACCUCGCCCUGUUUUUCUUACACAUGUUGGCGAAAGAACAGAGCUUCCCGGGACAGGAGCAUUGGAAGUUGGAAAUUGGGACGCCGAGUGCGAUGACGAGACGACACCAUUUGAAGAGGGAUGAGUGGAUGCCGAAAGUCAAUGUGCAGGAUAAACGCACUUCGAAGAGAGUUAGGGGGUGGACGUUCCCGGAUGAGCCGUUGCAUAAGAGGGAGGGGGGGAGGGGGAGGGGGAGGGGGAAGUGA